CCACACCGAGAGCUUUGCCUUUCUAUCGACUGAUGUGUGCCAUAGAAGCUUCCUAGAUAAUUCGCCAAAUCUUUUGAAGACCAGAUUUGCUGCCUCACCUCUACUUCGGCACACCACGAGAAUGCGUCUUCUCAAAGCUAGGGUUGACGGCGGCUUCAGCCUGACUAUGUUUCCCGCCAAUCCUCCUUCUUACGCUAUUCUUUCACAUACCUGGGAAUCGGAUGAUCAGGAAGUCAAACUCAAAGAUAUAGAAGAUGGCGUAGGAACUCACAAAACCGGCUAUAAAAAGAUUCAAUUUUGCGCGAGGCAAGCUCGGAACGAUCACUUAGAGUACUUCUGGGUUGACAGCUGUUGCAUCGACCAGACCAGCAGCGCGGAAUUGUCAAGUGCAAUCAACUCAAUGUACCGUUGGUAUCGAAAUUCGGUAAAAUGCUAUGUUUACAUGGCAGAUGUCCCUGUAGCCCCAAUUUUACCUCUAGGUUGGGAAUCUGAUUUCCUUCGCAGUCGAUGGUUCACCCGAGGAUGGACACUCCAGGAACUUAUCGCUCCUAAGUCAAUAGAAUUUUUCAGUAUCCCUGACCGAGUUCUUCAAGGGUAUUCACCAGCCCAAGUUGGCGUGGAAGAGCGUUUAUCUUGGAUAGCAAACCGCGACACUAAGUACGGCGAGGAUAUAGUGUAUUCUGUCCUUGGUAUUUUCAACAUACAUAUGCUGCCCAUGUAUGGUGAAAGGGCCGUACAUGCAUUUGGGCGGCUUGGACAAGAGAUUGAGAGGACUCUCGUCUUCGAUCAGAAACGUCUGACGGAAAAGGAUCAACACUGUUUAAACGCGCUACGUAAGAUGUCACUAUCAUAUGCUGCCGCAAAUGGAUUCAAAGUCGUGGUCGCUCAGUUGCUUGAAGAAAAUACAGCCGACGUCAACUUGCCAGAUGAAUCAGGUCGAACACCGCUGUCGUUGGCUGCUGGGAAUGGCCACAAAGCUGUUGUAGAGCAGUUACUUGAUAAUGGCCAGGCUGAUCUCAACUCAAAGGAUCUACAGUACGGCAAGACACCACUGCUAUGGGCCGCCGAAAAUGGGCAUGUGGCGAUCGUCGAACAGCUGCUUAAUGCCUCCGCCGAUCAUCGCGGUCGAAAGCCGCUAUCCUGGGCCGCUGAGAACGGAUAUGAAGCCGUCGUAAAGCAGCUGCUCAGUGUCCGUUUCGGUGAUAGCGUUGACAUAAACGAAGGAGAUGCUGAUUUUGGUCGAUCUCCACUGUCUUGGGCUGCAGGGAAUGGGUAUACACAUAUAGUUGGGGAACUUCUAAGAACAGGCCAUGCCACUAUAGACUGUCAGGAUACUAUCCUUGGUCGUACGCCUCUAGCGUGGGCUGCUGCAAAUGGGCAUGCAUCUGGGAUCGAGAAACUGCUCAUCACAGGCAAGGCUGACGUAAACUCGGAGGACCAUUAUGGCCAAACAGCUCUGUCUUUAGCCGCAGCAAACGGACAGACAAGCAUUUUCAAGCUAUUGCUUGAGGCCAAAGCCGACGCAAAUUCGAAGGACAAGUUAGGUCUGUCACCAAUAUUAUGGGCUGCUCGAAAUGGGCACCAAGCAGCGACUUAUUUGUUACUCACCACAACUGGCUCCAGUAUUGAAUGCCAGGACAAGUAUUUUCGGACGCCGCUGUCUUGGGCCGCCGCGAAUGGGCAUGAUGCAGUUGUUAAGCUGCUACUCGAUGCAGGAGCCAAUGUCAGAUCAUCGGACAUCAAUAAUCGGACACCGCUUUUGUGGGCUACUAGGCAGCAACACGAGUCUAUCGUGAUGCUUUUGAUCAAUGCCAACGCCAAUGUUGACUCGAAUGAUAUGUGGAAUCGGACGCCCUUACUGAUCGCCGCAACGAUUGGACAUGAGGGCAUCGUCAAGCUACUUCUUAGGGAAAAUGCUAAUGUAGAGUCGAGGGACGACCAAAAUGUUACACCGCUGUCUUCUGCCACUCAACGCGGACAUCAAACCGUUGUCAUCCUCCUCCUCGAGGCCGGAGCAUCCGUCGAUACCAGGGGUUGGCUGGGUGACACACCCCUCUUUACAGCUGUCAGGUACAGGCGCAAGAAAGUGGUAAAGAUACUACUCGAUGCUGGGGCAAACACUGAAGUGAAGGAUGCUGAAGAUGAGACAGCACUGAAAGUGGCCGAGAAUCUUGGGUACAAAACUAUUGCCUCAAUGUUAUCUACAAUUUCUAGAAAAGGGGUAUAG